AUGUCGUCGUUAUCUUCUGGGACUAGUCUCCGCAGAUCCUGCCAGGGCUGCGUCAAGGUUAAGCGACGAUGCGAUUUGCUCUUCCCGGAGUGCAGCAGAUGCUUUAAGAAGGGUGUGCGCUGCCAAUAUAUCAAUAUUCCUCUGUCGAGCCGAACGAGUCCGCCGGGCGAUGGUCAUAAUGUCAAUGGACGGGUCACCAAGCCGGCAAAUGUGCGACAAUAUCAACAACAUCAGCAGCAACAGCAAAAGAUACACAAUCCCGUUGUUGACAAGACGAUAAAGGCGGAGAUAGUACAAGAGAAUAAUCUCGAAACGAUCGUCUUUAGACCGUCGAAGCGAACCACGCCGUCGGGUGACGAAGCAAGUGAUGGAAGCAGUGUCGCCAGCGAUGAUAGCACAGGCAGCAGCGCCAACAGUAAUACCAGCAAUACAAAUGUACCGUGGAUACGACCGCCAUUGGAUAUCGAGAUUCGAAAACAACAUUCGCCUUACAUUAUCGACUUGGUAGCCAACGUCGUGCGUCAAGCGCCUGCAUCAUUCGUCAAGGGUCAAUCCAUUUUCAUUCACCCUUGCGUCUACAGCAAAUCUCUACCACGGCCGGUCCGCGAAAUCCGUGCGUUAUGUGCGAUGUACGAGAACGACAGCGAUGACUAUCAAUUAUCUCCCGUUAAACUGUCGACCCUUCUCCAACGUCAAAUUGUCUCGUUAAUCCAAACCGCGAAGAAGACAACCGAUUUCGAAGAACUGGUCGCAUGCGUUCAGGCACUCACUCUUGCACAAUGUCUGCAAUUGUCGGAAGGAAACAUUCGUGGCCCUGCAAUUGAAAAAUCCCUCGAGUUCCUCGCUGCUCUUGCACACAGAAUGUGGUAUUUGGUGCCCCGGGAACUACCGAGUACCAUGUCACCAUGGCACGCCUGGAUGUUUGGCGAGACUGUCCGUCGUACGAUUGUUUUCUCGCAUCUCGUGAUUGCCGCGUUUAGUUUUUUGAGUCGUGGCUAUGCAUGUCGCACUCCUUUUAUUGAUGCCCUCCCAUUCGAUGGCCGAACAUAUCUCUGGGACGCAAGAUCCGAGCAGGAUUGGGCCAAAUACAGCACGCAGCGUGAUUUCCCUAUGGUGUCUGUUAUUGAGUACGCCGACCUAGUACAGUCUGGCCGCGCUCUAUGCUUUUCCUCCUUUGAGAGCUUGAUUAUCGCCACAUGUCGGGGGAUAGAGUUACCUAUUCAUGAGCUGUCGAAGGUGAUUCAGAUGUGA